AUGACGAUCUGUACUUAUAACGCACGCACGCUUGCAUCGGAAGCGGCCAUCGAAGAUCUGAUGGUGCAAGCCAAGAAGAUCAAGUACGACGUCAUCGGACUGACCGAGACGAGACGACGUCACUCUCUCAACGCUGUAUUUGAAACUGGAGAAGAACUGUUCUUAGGAACAUGCGACAGUAGAGGUGUUGGUGGAGUUGGCGUCCUCGUCAACACGAGUAUGGCACAGAACAUCGACUCUUUCGAACAACUCACGACCCGAAUCGGACGUCUGCGGAUGAGAAGAUGUGGUCCCACACCGGCUUUGACUAUCUUCGUCGCUUACGCUCCAACAUCAAGCUACGAAGAAGAAGAAGUCGAAGCUUUCUAUAUGGACCUGGAGAAGUUCUACCGAGAAGAUCAUGCCUUUCACAAGGUCAUAAUUGGCGACUUCAACGCCAAAAAGCCCUCCUCUCUACGCUGGACGUGGGAGUCACCCGGUGGAGGGUACCGUAAUGAGAUAGACCACAUCAUCGUCAAUAAAAGGUUCUGCCUGACGGAUGUCGCUGUUGUACCAAAGUUCUAUACGGGAUCGGACCACCGCCUCCUCCGAGGAAGAUUUUCUUUCACGCGGAGAGCAGAGAAAGCCGCCAAGUUCAGCAAGAGAAAUCCCAGAACUACCAUCAACUGGGAUCUCUUCGCUACGUUAGCCGGCUUUUGGGAAGAUUCCGCAAUGGACAACAUCGACGAGGAAUACGACCGGCUUGUCAAACACCUUCAUGACUGCGCGAAGAAGGCUGAGAGUAUUAAAACAACCAAGAGACGCCUGUCUCUUGAAACUCUUGAGCUGAUACGCCAGCGUGGAGCAGCACGAGCCGCAGGGAACCAAGAGCUCACGUCCGAGCUCGCAAGGCUUUGCAGAGAGGCGAUAAAGAAAGACCUUAAAGAGAGAAGAGCAGAAGUGCUGGCUGAAGCAGCAGAGGCGGGAAAAAGCAUCCGCUAUGCCCGCCGAGACUUCGCCAGUCGCAAGACAAGGAUGACAGCUCUCCGGAACCCGAAGGGAACAACCAUUGCAUCGAGAAGGGGAAUGGAGAAAAUCAUCUACGACUUCUACUCUGAUCUCUUCGACAGCCGUGCCCACUUGCCUCCUCACCAUCUGAGGGAAGAUGGACAUGUCAUUCCAGCGGUUCUCCCGUCCGAAAUACGACAUGCUAUCAUGUCGGUGAGAAAUCGUACAGCAGCCGGUCCCGACAGAAUAAAACCAGAACACCUGAAGAACCUUCCGCCAGUACUCAUCAACACCCUGGCGAGGAUCUUCACACGUUACCUGUCGGAAUGCAAGGUCCCUAAACAGUGGAAGACCAGCAAGACCGUGUUGCUGUAUAAAAAGGGAGAUCCACAUGACAUCGGCAACUAUCGCCCAAUCUGCUUACUGUCCGUCAUCUACAAGCUCUUCACAAGAGUGAUCCUUAAUAGGAUUGAAAAGGUCUUGGAUGAAGGACAACCAUGCGAGCAAGCAGGGUUUCGAAAAGGAUUCAGCACGAUCGACCAUAUUCACACUGUUUCGAGACUCAUCGAGGUAUCACGAGAGUACAAGAUGCCGCUCUGUCUCACUUUCAUCGACUUGAAGAAGGCCUUUGACUCAAUUGAGACGGAAGCGGUCGUGGAAGCCUUGGACAACCAAGGCGUUCCCACUCAGUACAUAAAGGUGCUUCGAGAGUUGUACAAGGGGGUUCGGCAGGGUGAUACAAUCUCACCCAAAAUAUUCACAGCCACCCUCGAGAACGCAAUGCGAAAGUUGGAAUGGGACGACAUGGGAGUGAAGAUCGAUGGUCGGCAGCUACACCAUUUGCGCUUUGCUGAUGACAUCGUACUGAUAACACCUAGCAUCAGCCAAGCGGAACGAAUGCUGACCGAAUUCGCCGAAACAUGUGGAUGCAUCGGUCUUGAGCUGAAUCUUCAAAAGACGAUGUUCAUGCGGAACGGAUGGAUCUCGGAUGCCCCAUUCACGCUCAACGGAACGAACAUAUCCGAAUGCACCAGCUACGUCUAUCUGGGUCGGGAAUUGAACAUGAUGAACGACCUGGCCCCCGAGCUGGGCAGGAGGAGAAGAGCGGCUUGGGGAGCGUACAAGAGCAUCGAGGACGUAGUGAAGAAGACCAAGAACACCCGGCUCCGUGCUCACCUCUUCAACACCACCGUACUUCCUGCUUUGACCUAUGCCUCAGAAACCUGGGCACUUCGCAAGCAGGAAGAAAACGCGGUGAGCGUCAUUGAACGCGCAAUUGAGAGAGUGAUGCUAGGAGUAUCCCGUUUCAAGCAAGUGAGAGACGGGAUUCGAAGUUCUCUCCUACGUCAGCGAUCGAAGAUCAGAGACGCCGCCGCGUUUGCCAAGGAAAGUAAAAUAAGGUGGGCCGGACACGUGAUGCGCUUUAACGACAACCGUUGGACCAGAGCCGUGAGCGACUGGAUUCCCCGCGAUAUUAAGCGCAAUACAGGAAGACCGCCGACCCGAUGGUCAGAUUUCUUCACGAAGUCCUUCAAAGAAAAUUACGAUGCUCUUCGUGUCCCACGCGAAAGGAGGAACCACUGGGCUACUCUGGCACGCGACCGGGACAAAUGGAAGAAUUACUGGCGCCCGCUCGACCGGUUCGAAGACCAACGGGAGUCAAGGUGA